CUUGGUCCGAAGCAGCGCCAUUACUGUCCAGUGUCUGAUCCCAGGUCAAGUAUGGGACUGUCUUUACGUUACAGGCGGGGCUUAAAGUUUGGGGACUUUGUUCGAAAAACUAACUCCAACAGACUUUCCUCUUCUUACUGGGGAGACACUUUCACCGGCUCACUCGGACUUCAGUCGUAGGAUUAACCGGGAAAUCCACGGUGCAGAAAUACCGAGCUGAAAGAAGCUAGCAAGAAUGGGUCUGUUUAAGUUUCUGUGUGCGAUUAUAACCAGAGCGUUGUUCAUCCUGGUGUCUCUGACCGGGGUCUGGAGGGUGACCAGGGUGAAGGAGGACCCCAAUUACUGGUUCCUCACUUUCCUCUUUUUACCGCUGGUCGCUGAAAUGAUAAUAACACUGAGGAGAAGAAAGGGAAAAGACUACAAAUGGUUUUCUCCUCCCAUCUUUCUGUUUCUCAUCAGUAUCAUCCCCUCUAUCUGGAUCCUGGAGCUUCACUAUCAGCAGGAUAAAAAGAGUGACCCUCAGUGCAAAAAGCUUGACUCCUGGGAAAACGUACGUAGAGUAAUCACUCUGAAUGAGACCCUUGGAAACCUCACAUAUGAGAACUACCUGAAGAACAUCAACCAGGUUUUAUCAUCUCUCUGUUCCAAUGACUGGAUCCUGGCUCUCCAUCAGAUCCUGCUCAUCCUCCUCAUUGUGGGAAAGUGGCUUCUUCCCUUGGGGGGCGGGGUCACACGGGAUGAGCUAUCACAGCUACUUCUUAUUUUUGUCGGCACUGCUGCAGACAUCCUGGAGUUUACCAGUGAGACACUGUCAGAUGUCAAGGAGAACAGUCCCCAGCUGGUCUACAUCAUCCUUGCUGUAUGGACUUGGAGCAUGUUGCAGUUCCCCCUACAUCUGGCCGUUGUGAAUACCAAACCAGACAGUGAGGGGGAUCCAGGCUCCCAGGAGGUUUCUCUCUUGGCCAAACACAGUACGGACAUGUGGAACAUCGUAGAGGCCCUAUUUAUCCAGGACGGGCCCUUUCUGGUGGUCAGGCUCACUGUCAUGACGUACUUCGACGUCUUCCACCAGAUGCUGGUUUUCUUUGCCAUCAAGAACUUCUUGGUGGUCAUAUUGAACUUGUACAGGUUGGCUGUGAUAUGCCAGGACUUCAGACUUUCCAGCAGCAGCAGAACCACUGAGGGCAACACUGUGCUCGGACUCUGACGAUUCAGGGAGAGGGAGAAAUAUUGUGGACUAAAUUUUAACUGUUACAGUGAACUGGUGAACAUGGCCUUUGGAGCAGAAAAAGAGGGGGAUGCUUGUCCUCUUUUUUCACUGUGCACUUAGAUCUUUUAAAUCAAGAAUCAAGAAGUAUAAACAACUGUUUCCUCAUACUUUCAAAACAAUGAAGUUUGGAAUUUUACAUGAUUGCCUAGAAUUGUGCGUCCUACAAAGAUGUACUUCAAUUCAGUAAAACCUGUAGUUAGAGAAAGUUGAAUUAUUGUAUGUAAGGGCAUGUAAACAUGGUAGUCUAAAAUCAAGCUAAAUCAGUUUCCUCAAAACGGGGUUAGUGCACCUAGACAAUGCAUUUGGAGAUCAGUUUACAUUUGCAUGUCUGGUUAGUCGGACCAGACAGGACUGGGCAUUUUUUGCUGGGUGUUGAUACUGAAGUUGAACAACAAAUGCUAAGUGUAGUAGGAGUCAUGUUGUUAUUCAAGUAUAUAUCACCAUAAACCAGAGGUAUAGUGUUCAUCUUUUUUAUGCCAAAAGUAAAGCAUAGUGUGUGCAAAAUGUACAGAGCUGUAAAGUUGAUCAUGUUUUCAUCAUUCAACAUACAGCUGCUGCUGCAUGCUCUAGUUAGUAAAUUCUCACACAGUCUAAGUAUUUCUCGGGCCAAUCCAGCCAAAUUACCUAACCGGGCUAUAACUGUAGCUUGUCUUUACUAUGCAUGUGAACAUACUGAGGGGCAUGCCAGUCCUUCUGGAGCUAUCCUUUAUCAACUCAGUUUAAACUCCAACAUACAAUCAGUGCUUGAAUGUGAAAAAUUGAACAAAUACAGGAGAAAAAGGGGGAGAAAGACAAAAAACAGGGAUGCAGACAGGAAAACCUGAGCUCAGCACAUACAAGAGCAUCAGGUGGAUCCUUUAAGUUGAAGAAAGUCUCAGGUUAGAUGUUAAAAACUUAAAGGUCAUAAAUGUCUUUCAAAACUCAGAUUGUUACUCGCUAGAAGACUUAAAUCUACAUGGUAUUUGACUGAGAGAUAUCUGAAUCCUUUAGCCAUAAAAUCUACACCCUCAAGUGAGGUUGUAACAAUACCAGGUUUUGAGCUUAGUAGUUAUACGACCUAAAAUCAAAUGACAUGGAUAUCACUGGUCAUACUCUUGAAAACAGAAAUAGCAAAACGUCAAGGAACUCAAUACAGGACAAAUAUUUGUUUUUAAUCACUUUGAAAGUGCAGACUAACCUCUGCACUCCUACACCCUUUUGAAAGUGCACAAACACCUUUUCUCUCUUCUCCCUACCUUUGGUUACAAUAUGAGUGGAGAUCUCUAUUUAAAGUUAGAUUUUUUGCUAUGUAAAAUACUAGUAGGCAUUAAAAAAGCACAAUAUUAUUAUGUGAAUUAUACAUAUUAUAUAACCUUUUGACAAUCUUUCUGUCAAAUAUUGGUUACAUAAUAUUUUAUUAUUCUUUUUGGUGGAUUUACUUGUUUAAACAACAGUUCAUGGCAUUUACAGCAACCUGUUUCUUAAGAACAAAGGAAGAUAAUCUGGCUUUAAGGUGAAAUACGCAGGGAAUGAAUAUCAGACACAACAAAAAAUGCACUUGCAGAUGAUUGUUCACUUGCAAGAUCUGCAAAAACCUUUGAUACUUAGGGCAAAGGGAAGCAAAGCAGUUGAAUCCCACUGUUAAAAAAGGACUGGCACUAGGUAAAUAUGUCUGAUUUACUCGUAAAAGUCUUAAAAUUGAUUUUAAAAAAGAUUAGUGAGCAGCAACCAUGUUGCAUGGUUCUAUUUAUAAAAGCCCAAACUUAUAUAAAAAAAAAUAUUAUAGUAAGUCAGAAGGUUUGAUCAGCUUCUAAAUGGACACACAGCACCAGAAAUGGCAAGAUAAAGCUGUUCAAACCCAAACUGGUUAGGUUACAUGACAACAUAAUUUUUGGCAAAUGUAUUUUUAACUCAGCCUCUCUAGGUAAUUGUUUUAUUUGUUUUAGAUUUGCUUUUACUUUUUUAUUUAUCCAAAAGGCGCUUUUUUGAAAAUCUCUUAUAGCCAAAUAAGAAGAGUUUUUAAAUCACUGAUAUUUAGAAAAGUCGUCUGUAAGCAGAAACAUUUUCCUCAGCCAGAUUUCUAGCAAAGUAGUUCCUGGUGUCUCGUCGAGCGGAAGUGAGAGCAUGGAGGAAAAGGAAGAGAGGAGACAGAGAGAUAUAUUAGGUGACAUGAGCUGCAAGUGUUGACACAAGCAAUUUUCCUGUCUCAAUCCAGAAGGAAGUUAAAGCUGAGUGUAAAAACAUCCUACGCUGUAGCAGAAGGCAGUCUGAAAAAGACUGAAUAUCAACAUUUGAUGAGAAAAACACAAAUUCUGAUUAUGAAGGGCAUUUAAGGGGUAAAUCAGGAAGUAAGAAAUAUAUUUUUUCUUAUAGUGUUGCUACUUUAUACUUCUUUGGUUACCAGUAUUCCUCUUUAAAAAUGGAGAGAUGUUCACAAUCACAAUUCAAAUAUUUACUGUUGGUAAUCUUUAAAGGAUGGUUGUUUUUCUGUGAGCUGAUAGAAAUGAGUCUACAUAUUGACAUUAUGUUAAAAAGGGCAUAAAAUAUAAAUUUUCACUCAGGUAAUCAACUCGCUUUGAGUUGUGUAUUUGAUGCUUUAAUGUGAAAGUUUAAAAAUGAUAACCUCAGCACACACUGUACAGCAAUGAGGAAAAUAUAUUCUUGUUCUUCUGUUGUUUUUUUGUUUUUCUUGCCCCUAAAGAAAGCAUUA